ACAAAAGCACACUUGAAAUAGCUCCAGUCUUGUUACCACCACUGCGCUUGCACCACUUGUGUUCCUUGAGAUUCCUGGGGCCCAAUUUUGUUUUGCCCCACUUCAGAAUGAAGCUAUUCAUCAGGGCACUGAUUCUGUGCUUGUCUCUGAGUCGAGGAAAAUGCAAUGAAGAAACUAUGCAGGAUACUGUCAUCCCCCCAUCUCCAUUGCCAGAGGAAAACUCCUAUUCCGACUGGGGGAUUGGGACCAUCCGGGAUGGCAUAGAAGCCGUUAAUGGCUAUUUUGACUUUGUCUCAGAGCUGUUAGGAGGGAAGAAUGGAGUCUGUCAAUACAGGUGCAGAUAUGGGAAAGCACCACUUCCUAGACCAAAUUAUAAAUCUCCAGAACCCAAUGGCUGUAGCUCCUAUUUCCUGGGUCUCAAGGUACCAGAAAGUCUUGAUAUGGGCAUCCCAGCCAUGACUAAGUGCUGCAACCAGCUGGAUAUCUGUUACGAUACCUGUGGGGCUAAUAAAUAUCGCUGCGAUGCCAAGUUUCGUUGGUGCAUGCAGUCCAUCUGCUCUGACCUUAAACGUAGCCUUGGUUUUGUCUCCAAGGUAGAAGCAUGUGAGUCAGUAGCGGAUACGAUAUUCCAAACUGUCAGGACCCUGGGCUGCCGCCCCUUCAUGAACAGCCAAAGAAGUGCUUGCAUCUGUAAUGAAGAGGAACGAGAUGAGUUGUGAAAUGAGCAUCAAGCUGUUUGAUAGUGUGACAAUGGUGGCUUCACGUGUCCUUUGUUUACAAGAGGCUUGGUCUUCUAUCUUCCAGAACAGGUGCAAGUUUCUUAAUCGUAGCUUGGGGGUCAGGUUCUUGUGACCACAAAUGUGCUAAUUGCAGUUUGUCAAGUGAGUAUGAUUGAGAAAGAAAUUCCAAAAAGCAAUGGAACUGCUUAGUCUGCCACCCUCAUCUGUUCUAUCCAAUGACUUCUAUCCACUUUCCAGAGCAUCUGCUCGACUUAGAGAUGAUUCUUAAUGUAAGAAGAGCAUCUGGGAUGUGUAUGAGCAGUCCAGUCAUAAAAGAAGAUUUAGAGGCUGCAGGAUGACACUGACAAUAGUGCACCUUUGCAGCCAAUAUGUGUAUUAUAGGCCCAUGGCCUUCACCAGAUACUGUUGCUUUUGCUUCUCAAGUGAUUCAAAGCCACGGAAAUCUUACGUUGCUGGAAAAAGAAGUGCAUCAAUAUUUACUGGAUGACCAACUACACUACUCAGUUUGACACAGAAUAUGAGGUUGUGGACAUCUGCUUGAAGACAAAUGAGAGAAGAACACCAAGAUCAGAGUAUGAAGUUAUUGCAUAAUACUCCUUUUAUUUUCACUAGAACAUUGUUCCAGUUAAAGAGAAAAAAAUAUGGAUCAUCUUAUCAUAAGAAAAAGGUAUAAAUGGUGCAUGAGUAUAAGAAAAAUAUAAAAUGCAGAGCAUUCUAAACUUUUAUUAAAUAACAUAUAUAGUUUAAAAUAAUAUCAAGGAACCUACUUCUAACUAGAUGGAAUUACUAGUAUUCUACAACUUCAAGUGGCACAACUAUAUAUAUUUUAUACACAUAAAACUCUUGGGCCCUCAAGAUUCUUUUUCUAUACCCUCCACUUUAAAAUUGAAGCAUUCUGAUAGAUUGCCCAUUGCUCUCUGAAGAAAGGAGAACUGACAUUUCUUCUCAGAACAAAACUGAAUGGAAUUAAAACUCCUUCUGACUGAGAUGGUCUGAAGUAUUUGGAGAUGGUCUGUUGUAAUGCAGCAAUUGUGUUUGCAUUGUCCGACAUUGACAUCAGAUGGACCAGUUCUUUCUUACAAUCCCCCGGAGAAAAGUUCCCCCUUCCCCUGUUUCUGAGAUCUUGUUAGAGAGAUGCUGUCCAUCAGGAAUGUUUCAUCGGUUCCCCAAAUUGUUGUUAUCGUUGUAGACAACAGCCUCAUAGCAUCUUGAUGAAAAGAAUGCAAAGAAACAAAGGCUUUUUGAAUCAAGAGGGAGAAAGAGAAAAUUUGCAUGAAAUCAUUUUUCACAUCUGAGAAUAGGAGUUUUUGAAAAAUACAUAUUUAGCAAGUUAAAACAUGUGCAAUUUUCAGUACUGUAAAUAUCAAUUAUCUUUUCUCCAAAGUAGUUUUUGGGGGUGGGGGUGGGGAUUGCAGACGAUAUAGAUAGAUGCAGUUUCUUAAAUCAACAUGGGGAGCUAGCAUAAAUCAAGUCGCUGGAAGAAAUUUCCUGAUAAUUCCAUUAAAAAAAAAGUGGAGGGAGGGAGAAAAAAAUAAUAGUAAGGUAUGCAGUGGUAGCAACAGAUUUCCAAACUCUGUAACAGUGAAAUCUAUACAAUUUUAUGAAAAAAAUAUUUAAAUGUCACAGUUUUCUCUUUAGCAAAUUGAAUAAUUCAAAACUGAUCCCAUUAGUUUCAUAGCUGCACAGCCACCUUUUACAGAAUGAGCUUGGGCAUGCUGAAAACUUUAUUAAUGUGUCCAUUAAUCAGGGAACAGGAAAGUUUCCAAUCCUUGUAUGACCUGCAAAUCACCAUUCUUUUCCUUCCCAUUUGCAAGAUUUUCUCAGUUAUCACCAAGAACAUUCUCACUAUCUGCUGAACUGCUAAGAAAGCAUUCAGAAUGACUAGUGCUCCUUCCACACAACCACAGUGCUGUCUACACAACCCAGGGCUACAACUAGGGGGGGGGGGAGGCAAGCGGGGCAUGUGCCCCAGGGUGCCAAAAUGAGUGCUGAGGGCAGGUGCCAAAUUGGGCAUGGAAUCCAUGUUUGCCCUGGGUGACACAGACCCUAGUUGUGGCUCUGACCCAAACAUCUUGGACAUUUUUGCACCACUGCUUUCCAAUAUGUGCAAAUGUGCAAUAGCGCACAUUAUCACAACACCUUCAUUUCAGGAGGGAAGGGAAAGUCUUGGGAACCAGGAGGCUGGGGGAGAUAGGAAUUCCAAGUGGGAACAGCCUAUCUCACAGCUAGGGAGGAAAUGCAACGAAUCUGUCUUCGCUGUGUUUCCUCAAGAUCAGCAGCCGAUUAACUUCUGGAAUUAGUGGGCUCAGAAGGAAAAGACUGCCAGGAGCUCCAAAGCAUUGUGAGGGCACACAAGGGCAGUGCCUAUCUCAGAUCGGUAGGGAAAGGUCCUAGAUCCAUGAAAUCAUAAUUAAGCCUAUGAGGAUUUCAACUCUUCAAAAAACAAACCAUUAAACAUGACAAUUUAAUAUGCUGACACCUUAUGGCCAGGGUCCCUGUCCCAACUGUUAUCCCAAUGUCAUACUCCUUUACAGAAAUGCAGAAUUUUGACGUGUAAGAAGAAUUGUUUAGCUGCAUACAGAAAGGGGUAGGUCUUCAACUGUACAGCUGUAGCUCCAGUGUGACUUUUUUUUACCCCCUUCCUGCGGAUGCCCCUGCAUUUUUGGCUGUGCUUUGAAUAAAUCAUGUCUAACUGAAGUGAACCCUGUUUUGACCCUACAAAAUCAAAUUUCCAUUCAAUGUCACUGCACACAUCCAACAGUAUUGAGAUGUAGAUUACACCUAAUUCGAUCGGGGGGGGGGGGAUAUGCUUGUGAGAGAAAUGGGCUAUACCCCUUCAAAUAUAUUCAUGCGUCUAUUCCCGCACAUCAAUUUUAAUUGGGCCACUUGUCAAGAUACGAUUUGCAAUGUGAUCCCCUUUCUCCUGUGGUUUAGCUCUUCUGCGCAUCCGUCUAUGACAGCCCUGUGCACAGCGAGACCUCUCAUCUGUUACUCCACAUACAAGGACACGGCAGUGCAGGAACACUUCCUAAAUAAAAAAAGAUGCAUAUUUAUGUGUAAAUACAUGUAUGUGUGUAUGUGUGUAUGUGUAUGUGUAUGUAUGUAUGUGUGUGUAUGUAUGUGUAUGUAUGUAUGUGUGUGUGUAUGUAUGUGUGUAUGUGUAUAUAUAUAUAUAUAUAUAUAUAUACGCACACACACACACACACACACACACACACAUACAUACAUACAUACACAUACACACAGUAUGUUGUCUGGCCAGAGGUGAUAGGGGAAAGAGGACCACUGGCUCAGAAAAAAAUGCUAUCUCAUACUGCUUUGCUUUUCAGCCAUAAGGAAUGUAUAAGCUUCUGACUGGCAUCUAUGGAUUUUCAUGCCAGAAAUUGGAAGAAGCAGACUCCUAUGUCAGGAGAUUGUCAGUCCAAGAGGCAUGUAUUCAUUCUGCCUUAGCUGCAGUUCUUGGCACAAUAUUUUGAAACUUCUCUCAUUCAGGAUAUGAAAACAAAAAGAAAACAGUAGACGUAGCGUUAGCCUGGUACAAUCUUAUUUGCAUUAAACCUUCAGCAUCCCAUAAUAUCGAUCAGGCACUGGUCCAGCAGCAACCUUUACCUCAACCAGAUACAUAUGCAAAUGCAAAUUAAAUGGAUCUGAUAGAAGUUGUCCAACACUAGAUGUGAGCUUCAGAGACUGAGUCACAACUUUUUGAUUGGAGAUUUUUAAAAGCAGCCAGAUUUUAUAUCAUUUUAGGUAACCACGGUAUUUUACUCCUGGGCAAAAACUUAAAAGAAGUACUCUUGUUACCUCUUUUUCAAGAAAAACUGAUGAUACCUCUAUGUUGUAGAAUAAAGAGGUGGUUUCCCUGUCAUUUUUUCUUUGAACUUUUGAAACAGCUGGGAUGCCAGGUAUCUGAAACUCCUUGUUGAAUGCAAUGGGUUAGUGGCAUCAACUGAAAUGUGUCGUGUUAGAUGAAUUCUUAGGAUGAGCCCACCCAUACUUAUUUAUCUGGUAAUGACUGGAAUUUUAAGAAAUGCUUGCACGCGAGAAACUCUCAUUUCAGAACAGAGAAUUGUGAUGUCACCCAAUCAGAAAUAAGGGUACAGCAUUCCCAAGGGAAGCAAGCUGCAAAAUCGUCUAUGUGGCGCAAUGGCAUAGUGUUUAGUGACAGUAUCUCAUAUAGUCCAUUUCAUCUGAAAAAACAGCUCAGGAGAAAGAGAAUAUGGCAAGUCUGGGAAUUAGAAGAAGGAAACAGCCAGGCUAGGCAAGUCUUGAAAGAGUUUUGCAAACUUUUUAUUAAGAUUAGCUUUCUUUGAUUUUGGUUUUGCUUAAAAACUGCUUUAUAAUUAGUUAACCACCACCAUCCCACAUUUACCAAUAAUAUUCAUUCUCAUGUUCUCAUAGUCAAGUCUAUCAAAUGUGAGAGAAGAUCUUGGUGGCAUCUGAAUCUCCUGCUAGCCCAUUUCAGUGGACACCAAGGCCACCUGUGUUUGAAGUUCAGCUCUGCUGAAAUUCAGGAAUCUGAACUGCUCUUUAAUUCUUGCUCACCUUGUUGUCUUUACCCACAAAUUUGAACACUGGGACCUGAAAGUGUUUGGCCAGAUGAUCCUUUGAUGUAUACUGCUUUAUGGAAUCAUCAGAAACACAGCUGAGGAGAAAGAGAGAGAAAAGAAAUGUCAAUGGCUUUCAUAGAAUGAUGGCCAAAAGAAAGAAGGUAUCUCAGUGCCUUCCAGGGAGGACAGGAAGUUUGGCAGGCACUCAUAUUGCUGUCUUUGGCCCUAGUGGUAGGUCAGCCAAGACUGAAGAUGAAAAAACAGAAGUGGGAUCUAAUUGCAUUGCCAGAAAUAAAAUACCCACAGCAACAAAAAAUAAUUAAAAGAACGCAUAUGGCUUCUUUCACAGCCUGGACUUGCAGUUCUCCUAAUGAUCAAAGGAUUUACCAGCAUCCUAAAUCAAAGGAAUCCCGAGCCAACCUUUGAUUUUUUCAACAAUGAUACAUAGAUGACCCAGAGAUGUAGCAAAACCAAGGAACUAAUGGAGAAAAUAUUGUAGGAAAUGUUUCUUCCAUUCUCCUCAGGUUCCCAAAUACAUGGGGCUAAUCACAGCACAAUCAAAUAAAUUUUCCUAGCAAUUUUUAACCCUAA